AUGCAUCCAUCUUCUGUACAAGGUGUAGAAGAUAUGACAAAAUUGGGCGAUUACCAUGAAAGUGCAAUAUUAAGAAAUAUUCUCGUACGAUAUCGCGAGAAGCUUAUUUAUUCGUUCCUUCGUCAGCUUAAUUUCCGCUCAUCUCUUUUUUGGUUCACUGAAAGCACUACUGGCGAAUCUGGUGCUGGAAAAACUGAAUCGACUAAACUGGUUCUGCAGUUUCUUGCUACUAUCAGUGGUCAACAUAGCUGGAUCGAACAACAAGUGCUCGAGGCUAAUCCAAUCCUUGAGGCAUUUGGAAAUGCUAAAACUAUUCGAAACGACAACUCCUCACGUUUUGGAAAAUACAUCGAUGUGCAUUUCAACGCU